CCGCGCGGUCCAAGCUCAAUUAGUCGGACACACUUAAGCCGUUCGGACGUGUUUUUGUUUUCGACGUUCAACAACAGUUGCGCUGGAAUUGGGAUUGGAAAGUGUUGGUUUGCUACUUUGUUAUGCGGAUAUCUUCGACGAGACAGUUUACAAUCGGGGUGGCUGUUACAAGAACAAUCGAAGCCGCUCCCAGCGAUACGGUGCCAUCGUGCCCUUGACCUCUGCCACUUAUUGCUGUUUCAACUACUUUAUCAUCUCUCGAGGCGAACGCUAUCGCCGUCUGCUUGCACGCUUAUUGCGUGCGUUACCGCGGGAUGCUGCAGCAUUUCACCUGAUCGCUCACAAUGGGAACAGACACAACCAUUUCGAUAGAUGUCCGGAUCGACAGCCUGAAACCGAGUACCUGGUUGAGCUUCCGGGAUAUUUCCUACCGCGUAAAGGGAACCGAUGGAAAAGACAAGCAUCUGCUGCAGGAAAUUAGCGGAAACUUCCGAUCCGGGCGAUUGACUGGAAUAUUAGGACCAUCCGGGGCUGGAAAGUCUACACUGCUUAACAUACUUAGCGGAUUUAAAGUAAAAAACGUCUCCGGUGAAAUCCACGUCAAUGGCAGCCCGAUCAAGCGGAAGAACUAUCGCCGGGAGGUUACCUACACCUCUCAGGACGUAAGCAUGCUAGGGAAUUUGACCAUUACGGAAAGCUUGGAUUUUGCCGCUGAACUUAAGCUACCCAGAACCGUCUCCACUGCGGUGAAAUCGAAGACCGUAAACGACAUCAUCAAACUGCUAGGGCUGCAGAAAUGUGCCCACAAUCCAGUGCAUGCCAUUUCCGGAGGGGAGAAGAAGCGACUGUCCAUCGGUUUGGAGUUGAUCUCCAAUCCGAAGAUAAUGUUUUUCGAUGAACCGACCAGCGGAUUGGACAUCAUCGCCGCCAUGCAAGUGAUAGCCUACCUCAAGGACCUGGCCCUGAGUGGGCGAUGUGUUGUGUGUGUGAUCCAUCAACCGAGUUCUAGUAUUCUUCAGAUGUUUGACGAUCUGAUGGUCCUGUCCGAGGGAUGUUGCGUCUACAAGGGACCACUGGAGGAGUUGGUAUGUACGUUCAAGGCCAGUGGGUUCGAGUGUCCAAAUUAUUACAACCGGGCGGAUUUUGCUCUGGAGGUAGCCAGCUUGAAACAUGAUGGUAACAUGUUGGAUUUGAUAGGCAAAUGCAAGGAAGACUACCUGGUGCAUGGGAUGAAUGUGAACGAUAGUGUGAACACUAGCGAGAAAGAUUCCAUGCUAGUGGGAAGUGAAUGUAGUAGUUCGGAUAGUUCGGACACUGCGGAUAGGCAGUAUCCUGUGUCACAGUGGGAUCAGUUUAUGACGCUCACGAAAAGGACAACGUUGUGUACGUUUCGGGAUAUGCAGCUGAUGAGAAUGAGGAUAGUGGCGCAUCUGCUGGUUGGAUUGCUGAUUGGAGUGGUGUUCUGGGAGGUCGGAAACGACGGGUCGAAGGUGCUCAGCAAUGCGUCGUGUUUGUUCUUUUUCCUGAUAUUUCUGUUCUUUGCCAAUUCGAUGCCACUGGUGAUGACGUUUCCCCUUGAGACUGCCGUGUUUAUGAGAGAGCGAAUGAACAAUUGGUAUUCGCUGCCUGCCUACUUCUUUUCAAAGCUGGUCGCAGACUUUCCAUUUCUGAUACUGGGACCAACGUUGUUCCUCGCAAGUGCCUACUACAUGACAUCUCAACCGAUGGAGAUGGAACGCCUGGUAAUGCUGUGGGGCAUAUGUAUCUUGCUGUCCUGGAUUGCCCAGCUAACGGGGCUGUUUGCCGGAAGUUCACUUUCGCUAGAGCUCAGCGUCUUCUGUGUGCCCUGUUCCGUCAUUCCGAUGCUCAUCUUUUGCGGUUUCUUCGUCCGGUUUCGGGAAAUGUUCAGCUUCCUGAUUCCGUUCACUUACCUGGGCUACUUUCGGUACGCUUUCGAGGGGUCCAUGCAAGCGAUCUACGGGUUCGACCGGGAGAACAUCCCCUGUGAGAAGUUUUGCUACUUUGGUAAGGUGAGCAAAUUUCUGGAAAGCUUCGAUAUGGAGGAGAAUAACUUUACGGUCGACGUUGUCGGGUUGCUGACGUGGAUAGUUGUUCUGCACGUGGCUUUGUAUGGCAGUUUAGCUCUAAGGUUGAAGCGAAAUCGGUAGAAUAGUUCAUUUUAGAAUAGUACGUGGUCAUUCCGGAUAUAUUUUUUGACACCU